CUUUAAUAACUAAAACAGUGUUUGACUAGUUAAGUUAUUUUAGUGCUUAAUUAUAAUAGGACGUUCUUUCAAUAUACAAGUGCCCCACAUUAAAAAGUAGUUAAUACGAAAGUUUUUAUUUUGCAUUGUAAUUCUAUUGGCUUAAAAUGCACGCGUUAAGCUUAGUGUUAUUUAUAUGUGUUUUAUUUGUAAAUGGAAAUGAUAACGAGAGUGCGAGCGAGCAUUCAUUGGAGCUGACCCAGUCCCUAAACUUGGCGCGUCAGGAACUUAUACAAGAGACGUGCGGUCGACUCUCAAUGAAAGGGGGUCUCGAUGAUUUGUUGCCCAGUCAGCUGGAACACAUUUUGGUCGAUGAUGAUCACAAACUCCUCUACUGUUAUGUACCAAAGGUAGCAUGUACAAACUGGAAAAGAAUACUCAUGAUAUUAGAAGGAAAAUGGAACAAUACAGAUGUUCUAUCCAUUCAGGCAGGUCUUGCUCACACUCCUGGAAUGUUCAAAAAUCUCAGUUCUGUUUCCAAGGAAGAUAGAGAUAAUAUGCUAGAGAAUUAUCAUAAAAUGAUUAUAGUAAGGAAUCCGUUUGAGAGACUGUUAUCAGCAUACAGAAAUAAAUUGGAAGGUAAUCUACCGAGUGCUAGGUAUUUUCAAGAUCGCGUCGGAAAGAGGAUCAUUAAAGCAUUCCGAGAGAACCCAUCCAACGAGUCCCUGGAGUACGGACAUGAUGUCACGUUCAAAGAGUUUGUGCUGUUCCUCACGAAUAAGUCGAAGGAACUCGCGGAUGUCGUCAACAACGAACAUUGGCAGCCGAUCACGAAUCUCUGCCAUCCGUGCCUUAUAAAAUAUACUUUAGUUGGUAAAUAUGAAACUCUCGUUGACGAUGCCCUACUAGCUCUCCAUACUAUAAACGCAUCGCACAUACAGUUCCCGCGUCUUGCCCACACAUCGGGUACAUCAGAAAAGCUACGCAAUUACUUCUCCCAACUCGACCUACCUCUUAUAAGGAAACUGUACAAGCUUUAUAAGUACGAUUACAAAAUAUUUAAUUACGAUCUUGAUAAUAUAGUGGGAUUCGAUCUCGGAUAGAUUUGUCCGUAUCUGAGAUGAUUGUCAUCUUUGAUUAUUUUUAUAUAUGGAUAAAGAUGUCUCCUUUUCCGAUCAUUUGAUCGAAGGCUGUGUUAGCAUAGUAUUCGAAUGGCUUAAUGAAAUGAAACUGUUUUACCAGUGAAAUUCUAUACAUGGCAUAUACUAGAAAGUUUUUAGAUACAUAAUUUACUGUAAAUCGUGUAUAGAACUUUAUAAAGACCGUAGGAAUAAAUGAUUUCUAUUAAAGUUUAUAGAGUAACGUAUUGAUCAACAAAAUAAGGGCAAUAUAUACGAACUUUUAUUUGUUUUGUUUAAAAGUUGAUGAAGUGCCUUAAUAAUCAAAAUCAAGACAAUAAAUACAAGAAUCUUGAAGUGUAACAUAAUAUGUUUAUGUAAUCUGUAUUUUUUGAAGUCAUAGCGACUUUAGACCUUGAUUUGAAUUGUCAAUAGAUAACGCUUUUGUGACGAUGUUAAAACAAUUUUGUAUGUGCGUCAUAAUCGUUUCACCGGGGAGAUCAUAAAGUAUUUCAUUUUGAAUGAAAAACCCAAGUUUCUGUUUAGAUGCUAGGUCAAAUAUAUAUUUUUUAUAUUGUACAUUUAUCUGUAUUUAUAUUUUUUUAUAAAUAUAUACAGUUGUAGUACAUAAUUUAUUGUUGUAUGUAAUUUAAGUACAAUUAUUGUUAGCUUUAUAUCAUUACUAAUGAUAAACUAAGGCAUACAUUAUGUUAUUAUUCUGUACAUAGUAGAGAAUAAAGAUGGUAAGUAGAUUUUAUUUAUUAUAUUUAAUUAAUUAAUUAAUUAAAGAAGAUUGUUACUGUGAUCUUUGUGUCCGUGUCAUAUUUCUUUUCAAAGAACUUCGUACUGUUUUUGUGUACAUUUAGUUAUUUCACCUCAUCACCUCAAAGGACCUUGAUUUAUAAUCAAAAUAAAUUCCUAUAUUAUUUA